AUGAAACAAUUAUUGCGUAUACUAGGGCAUUUGUUACGACGUAUCCUGUUGUAUAAUGGUCAAAUUGUCCGAGAUCGCGAUCCCAGCAGUUUCCCCAUUGUUCUCUGUGGUAACAAGGUUGAUGUGAAAGCACGCAAAGUUAAAGCAAAGACCAUCGCAUACCACAGGAAGAGGAACUGGCAGUACUACGAUAUAUCAGCGAAGAGUGACUAUAACCUGGAGAAGCCACUGCUGUUUUUCGCUCGCAAGUUGAUGAAAGAUCCGAAUUUAGAGCUCUUGCCGUCACGAAAUGAAGACUUGAAAUACAUCGAACCCCAAGAAAGCGAUCAGGGAAAUGACAACACAGAAAACGAAAAUCUGGAGCGCAAUGACCAUGAUCUCAAAGAAAACAGCACGCCGAUUCCCAAAAAUCUAUUCAUUCUCUGCAUCCACUGCACCAGAACAAUCUUCAUCAAGAAAGUCCACCUCCCUUCCAAUUCUGCCCACUCAUUCGCGACCACAACAUGUCGAACCUGCAAAAAGAAUCUCGAGAGAAACGAAUCAACCGCCCGUCUCGUCAAAAACCGACUAACCGCUGACCUCAUCCGUUCUACUCGUGUUUACGAAUGCUGUAACCAAAUUGCGGGCAAUGAUGAGGAGACUAUUGUAGACCUACUUCUUGACAAGAUGGACGAGGACGAAGAGCCACAAAUCGUGUCGUUCAUUUCGAUUGAUGAUCUUGCAGAUCGAGUCAGCAUUCGUGAUCGCAUCUUCGGCGUUAGCAGUGAAAAGGGUGUGUUGCAACAGUCUGGGAAGUUGAGAGACGAUUCAAUGCUAUUGGUACCUUAUGUAUUUGGAGGCUUUCUUUGA